CCCCCUGGAGACUAGCUAGGAGACCCGGCCCCCGGCCUGAGAGAAGGAGAGAGAGAGUGAGGUAGUGAGGGAGUGUUUUAAAGCCAGCAGGAGGCAUGAUGUCCUACAUUAAGCAACCCCAUUACGCCGUGAACGGGUUAACGCUGUCCGGCCCGGGCAUGGAUCUGCUCCACUCCGCCGUUGGAUACCCCAACACCCCGCGUAAACAGCGUCGGGAGCGCACCACCUUCACACGCGCACAGCUGGAUAUCCUCGAGGCUCUGUUUGCCAAAACGCGCUACCCAGACAUCUUCAUGAGGGAGGAGGUGGCCCUCAAGAUCAACCUGCCCGAGUCCCGAGUCCAGGUCUGGUUCAAGAACCGUCGUGCCAAGUGCCGCCAGCAGCAGCAGCAGAGCACCGGCCAGUCCAAACCACGGCCCCCUAAAAAGAAGGCAUCCCCUGCUCGUGAUGCUAACUCUGAGGCCAGUGCCAACGCCACCAAUGGAUCAUACAGCCCUCCUCCCCCUCCUCCAGGCACCGGCAUCACCCCCAGCUCCAGCUCUGCCAGCGCCACGGUGUCCAUCUGGAGUCCAGCCUCCAUCUCCCCGCUGCCAGACCCCCUGUCUGCCUCCACCACCCCCUGCAUGCAGCGCACCACCUCAUACCCCAUGACCUACACCCAGGCCCCAGCCUACAGCCAGAGCUACGCAGGCUCCUCCUCCUACUUCACUGGCCUGGACUGUAGCUCCUACCUGUCCCCCAUGCACCCGCAGCUGUCGGGCACCGGAGGCGCCCUGAGCCCCAUCACAGCUGCCUCGAUGGGUGGGCCUCUCAGCCAGUCCCCCGCCUCGCUCUCCUCCCAGGGCUACACAGCAGCCUCGCUGGGCUUUGGAGCCGUCGACUGUCUAGACUACAAGGACCAAGCUGCCUGGAAGCUCAAUUUCAAUGCCACUGACUGUCUGGACUACAAAGACCAGAAUUCCUGGAAGUUCCAGGUCUUGUAA